CUUCCGGGUUCCUGUUGACAUAGGAGACAGUGCGGCGUGUCUGACUCCACCACAGCCACAGUCGCAGGAGAAGCAGGGAAAACAUCGACUAACUUCUGAGUUUUAACUGGAAAAGGAUGGAGGACAUUCAGCAGGCGAAGCCUGCUCUUCUGAACGGCAGCACGACCAGAAAGAGAGAGGACUACCUGGAGUGGCCAGAGUACUUCAUGGCUGUGGCUUUCCUGUCAGCACAGAGGAGUAAAGACCCCAGUUCUCAGGUGGGCGCCUGUAUAGUGAACCAGGAGAAUAAGAUCGUGGGGAUCGGUUAUAACGGGAUGCCAAACGGCUGUGAUGAUGACCUGCUGCCAUGGUCCCGCUCUGCAGACGACCGGCUGGACACUAAAUAUCCCUAUGUGUGCCACGCAGAGCUGAACGCCAUCAUGAACAAGAACAGUGCGGAUGUGAAAGGCUGCAGCAUGUACGUGGCUCUGUUUCCUUGCAACGAGUGUGCCAAGCUCAUCAUCCAGGCAGGUAUAAAGGAAGUGAUUUAUCUCUCAGAUAAGUACCACGACACGCCGGAGAUGGUCGCCUCCAGGAAGCUGCUGAGCAUGGCAGGAAUUCAGUACAGGCAGUUCAAGCCCAAGAGGACUGAGAUUGUCAUUGAUUUUAAUUCCAUUAACCACCCUGGAAUGCUGAGCGGCGCGACCAAGUGAAAAAAUGCAAAGAGCCCACCUUGGGGAGCUGCUGAGCGAGGAGAGGAAGAGGAGGAGGAGGAAGUGGGACGAGAUUGAAAGGGACUUUGAUGCCUCGUUCCUGCAGGUCUUCUUGCCCCCUGCUUUGUCCAAAGAAAAACUCAAGGACACCUCGACUUUGGUGUCUUUUGAAAUUUUGAUUAACCGGAUAUUCAAGAUAAUUUGACGCCUCACUCUUUGUGGCAGAGGGUCUUUAUGUCCUGCUUUUUUUUUUCUUUAAAACUUGAGAUGAUGGAAACAGGGUGACUGUUGAUUUUUAAUCUUUGGUGUUGUGGAUCAGAUCGUCUCAUGUCUGUCUGCACAGGGGAACACCUGACACCUGUCCUUUCUUUCUCCUUCAAACAACUUUACAGAGUAAUAAAAAGCACCUUGACCUUUUAUCAUUAAUGCUGGAAGUUUCCAGUAAAUCUUUUUAUUUUGUAAAAAUAGACAAGGUCCAAAAAAAAAAAAUUUUGAGACUUUUUAUUCGUCCAGCCCUGUUACUAAUUUCACUUUCACUGGAUGUCUUUCUUGUUUUACUAUGUUUGGUUUUAUGCAACUAAAACGCCUCAUCUAAAGAAUUCCUCCAUAUCCUUCCCUAACUAUCUGAUCAUUUGUACUUCCGGUUGCUUCUUGUAUUUUGAAACCUGGGACCUAUUUUUUGUUUUUCAUGUGUUUGAGUCUUAUUGACUAAAAAGUCCAAAAAAUGUGGAACUGAUUCAAAGUCAUCCCUCGAGUAAAUGCACCCAAUAGGUCCCCACAAUCACAGAUUUCUAAGCUUUGAUACGAUUUUAACAAAAAGCUAAAAAAAUAUCAAAACCAAUACAACAAAAAUGGAUACCAGGGAUGUCUAAUACUGGGUCAUUUCCUGUUUCUCAUUAUUUAUUUUUUUUAAAACUGUUUUUCUACAAUUGAUAAUUCAAAUACAGCUAUUGUAUCAUAUUAAAAAGUAUCAAAGUAAUCGCAUCAAGUCCUCUGAAGGUUGUUGUGUUUGUCUGAGGCAGCAGUAAUUAAGGUUGUCACAUGAGGCUCCGCUGUCAUAAAGUCUUUUAUGGUGAUUUAGCAACGGCUAAUAUUGGUGUCCCUAUCUGAGAUCACAUUGCAUUACUGCAUUAAAAAAGACGACAUGUAGAGACACAGCAGGAGCUCCACACACACACUGGCUGCUCUCCCCUUCUGGCUCCGCUGCUUCUGUCUCACACCUGUAUCGCCUCCUUUACUACCUCCAAUGGUGGCACAGAGGUGGGAUCACUUCUUGGAAGUUAUAAAUCUGAUAUUGUGACAAUCUUUGUUGUAGUCAUGCAACUAAAACAAUAAAAUAACCUUUUUUGUUCAUGGAAUUUGGUGUCUUUAUAGAGAUUGAUGUAACAGCUGAUUGUGGUUUAAAAAGAAAUCAUCUUCCUCUUUAACUAAAAGGUCUCGAGGGAUCCUUCUUUUAAUGUUGUCAGACGUUUAGAAUAACAAUCAUGUUUAGAGGACGCACUUUGAUCGAGUUCAUUCGCUGCGGUUAUUAUGUUACAGCCCGUUUUACUGAAACAAUUCCAAUACUUUUUAUCAGCCAGGAGUCAUUUAAACCCCCAAAUAAUUCCAAUUUAAUUUGGCACAGUUUGAAAAAUGUCAAAGUUUAUUCAGCGGGUUUGCAAAAAGAAAAAUGACUCAUUCUCUUUUCACAGAUGACAUUUUUGUUUCUAAGUUUAAAGAGUGUUUUAAUGUACUUAUAGGGGAGAAACGGGUUGUAAUGUGUUUAACCUUGAGGAGUUGCUGCCUUCUUCAGAUGGUGGCGUUAGUAUUUUAAAAAUGUCUUUUUGUACCUGCUGAAUCGCUAACAGGUUACAUUCACUGAGAUCAUAUAGCUCUUUACUCAACUGCCUGCAAACAUGCUGAACACUAAUAUCUUUAAAGAAUGCAGCGUGCUUUUUACAUGACAUUAACUACAUGUGUGUUCAAUCCUGUCUUCAUACUAUUGUUCUUUCUACAUGUUUGCUGUCAGAGCAGCAGGAGGCAAUAAAAACUGGAGACAUGA